AGCGUCUCCCUCGCCGCUGGAUCUCAGGCGGUCACGUGACCACGGCUCACGUGUCCCUGCUGCCGGCUCGGGUGUGAAGCACUGUAGAUUUUAGGUGAAGUUUUGAGAAAGAAGAAAUUGGGGCCAGAGGGAAGUGAGGAAAAUCAGAUCCCAGAUCUUUGGAGAGAAAGAGCUGUAAGGAACAACACACCCUCUACCACAGACCGUCAGGUGGAAAUAGCAGGUUGAGAAGAGCUGGGGCUCAGAGGCCACCUGGAGUAAUAGUCCCAAACAGGCUGGUGCCGCCCUCCAGCUGAAGGUGUUCCCUCAGCUGCCCCAAGAAUGUGAUUGCGAAGCCAAAUCUGCAGAUCCAGUGGGAAGCAGGCUCCCGGGGCCAUGGCCCAGGUCAGCAUCAACAGUGACCUCGGCGAGUGGGGCUCGAGCAUGGACUCUGGGGAGCGGGCCCGUCUGCUGCAGAGUCCCUGUGUGGACACGGCCCCCAAGAGUGAAGGGGAGGCCUCUCCUGAGGGUCUGGACAGAGGUACCACUUCCACCCUUGGGGCCAUCUUCAUCGUUGUCAACGCCUGCCUAGGUGCAGGGCUGCUCAACUUCCCGGCUGCCUUCAGCACGGCAGGUGGGGUGGCGGCCGGUGUCGCACUGCAGAUGGGCAUGCUGGUCUUCAUCAUCAGUGGCCUUGUCAUCCUGGCCUACUGCUCCCAGGCCAGCAACGAGAGGACCUACCAGGAGGUGGUGUGGGCCGUGUGUGGCAAGCUGACGGGAGUGCUCUGCGAGGUGACCAUUGCCAUCUACACCUUUGGCACCUGCAUCGCCUUCCUCAUCAUCAUUGGGGACCAACAAGACAAGAUUAUAGCUGUGAUGGCAAAGGAGCCUGAGGGGACCGGUGGCAGCCCCUGGUACAUGGACCGAAAGUUCACCAUCAGCCUCACGGCCUUUCUCUUCAUCCUGCCCCUUUCCAUCCCCAGAGAGAUCGGCUUCCAGAAAUAUGCCAGCUUCUUGAGCGUCGUGGGCACCUGGUACGUCACUGCCAUCAUUAUCAUCAAAUAUAUCUGGCCAGAUAAAGAGAUGACCCCAGGGGACAUCCUGACCAGGCCAGCUUCCUGGGUGGCUGUGUUCAAUGCUAUGCCCACCAUCUGCUUCGGAUUUCAGUGCCAUGUGAGCAGCGUGCCCGUCUUCAACAGCAUGCGGCAGCCCAAGGUGAAGACUUGGGGUGGGGUGGUGACAGCCGCCAUGGUCAUCGCCCUCGCUGUCUACAUGGGCACGGGCAUCUGUGGCUUCCUGACCUUUGGAGCUGCUGUGGACCCCGACGUGCUGCUGUCCUACCCUUCUGAGGACAUGGCUGUGGCCGUUGCCCGCGCCUUCAUCAUCCUGAGCGUGCUCACCUCCUACCCCAUCCUGCACUUCUGUGGGCGGGCGGUGGUCGAAGGCCUGUGGCUGCGCUAUCAGGGGAUGCCCGUGGAGGAGGACGUGGGGCGCGAGCGGCGGCGGCGCAUGCUGCAGACCCUUGUCUGGUUCCUGCUCACCCUGCUGCUGGCGCUCUUCAUCCCUGACAUCGGCAAGGUCAUCUCGGUCAUCGGAGGCCUGGCCGCCUGCUUCAUCUUUGUCUUCCCAGGACUGUGCCUCAUUCAAGCCAAACUGUCUGAGAUGGAAGAAGUCAAGCCAGCCAGCUGGUGGGCGCUGGUCAGUUAUGGUGUCCUCUUGGUCACCCUGGGAGCCUUCAUCUUUGGCCAGACCACAGCCAACGCCAUCUUUGUGGAUCUCUUGGCAUAACCACUGCCUCCAGGCAACACAUGGCCUUUGCCGCUGGACCCAGGAACCCAUCUCUUCAAGCUGUGGGGCCACCCUGAGUCCAACAUCAUUCCCCCUUUACUGGUGGGAUGACAUCUGGACAUCCUUUUCCGGGGACAGUUCUGGAGUGAGAUCAGGCCUCCCCCCUCUGGACAGAUCAGACCCGGCUCCCUCCUGCUUUCCAGUCCCAGCAGUGUGAGGAUGGGCAGGGGAAGGUCCUGGGUCACAGAAGAACCUUCCUUGCCCUCCAGCUCUCAAUUCUCCAUGCCUGAAAAACACAGGGAAGAGUGUCAGAACAUCUCAGAAAAAAAGAACCCAGUCUGACCUGACUCUGGAGAAAGAGUGUGGGCACAGGACCACCGCCAUCCUCCACAGAGCAGCCUGUCCUGAGCAGGAGCUGCGCUCGUCACCCCGGGACCCCAUGCCUGCCCGUUUGUCAGCCACUUGGCCCACAGUGGCUUCUCUGGGAUCGGGCAACUUCCAAAGGUAGCACAAAAGUCCUACAGAUGCACAGAGGUAGAUAGAGUCAUGCCUUGUCCACCCCAUCCUGGGGCCUCUUUCCCCAAACCUGAGGGUCCAGGCAUCCCUGUCUUCCUCCGUUCGCAGACAUCAUCAAGUCUAAUGUUUACAAACGGUGCCAGCCCGGCUCCGAACCAGAGGCCGGGGGCCGUGCCAUGCCGCCACGGUGCUGUGAGGACUCCUCGGUUAGUUUUUCCCUUGGCAGGACGUCUGCUUUUCUCUCUCCGAUUCCAGGUGGGCCCCUCGUUUCAGAGGCACAGGUUGGGUGAUAAAGAAGGCUGGAACCUUCCAAACCCAUGCAGGCUGGGCUAGACAGGGUCCGGGGGAGCCUCUCCAAUAGCUUCUCUUUCAUUGACUGCUUCUCUUCUGCCUGCUCUCUAGUCAUCUCUCUCCUGUCAACCCUAGCAGGGUAGCCCUCAGAGAAGAGCAGCUGAGUUGUCACUGACUGGGCAAUAUUUGAGUAUAGUCACACCAGUGUGGAAGUUUCCCUUCCGGUCCAGAUCUGGUCUGUUCCCUCCCUUCAUUGUUUCUUCACCCCCUACCCCAUUUUUCUAGCUCAGUCUCUCCUCACAUAAGCCUGGGGGUAGUAGACCUCCCUUCUCUUGCCCGCUUCUGCAGCUCCAGGGGUCCACCGGGCCAGCCUCAGCCACCUGUCAAUCACACUGAGGUCACACAUGGAUUGUGCCCCAGAUGGGGUGAGGAGGGACACUGUUCUCCUGGUCUGAUUCCCAUUUUUCCUUCUCCGGCUGUUCACUUCGACCAAACCCAGGCAUUGAAUCGAGCUUCCUCCACCGGGAACUCACAGCAUUUCCUCAGCCCCUCCUGCCCAAAACCUCCAUAGCCCAGGUGAGCGGGACCCCCACCCAGCAGCCCACCACUCAGGGCAGUGAGCUCACAGAAGCAGAGGCAGGCUGGCGGCGAAGUAGGCUUCUCCUCAGUUCCCAACCUGGAUGAACACCUUUCCUCACAUCCCCGUGCCCCCCUCCACCCAUCCUCAGCCCCUGCAUAGUGCCAGGCCCUUCCAGCGCCCAUCCCUGCCAAGGCUAGGAGGUCCAGUCAGCAGGGCUGCACAGCCCCCUGAGGUUGGAUUUCAGCUAAGGGAUGGGGGAUGUAAGGGGAGUCCUCGCACAGAAACAGACCUGUCAGGAAAAGGAGCUGGAAUCUGGCCAUUUGGCCUAACCUCAGGAGCCCCCUGCCCUGCCCUCCCUGCCAGGGUAUUUUACGGUUUCUUUUCUACUCGUGCACAUUCAUACCAGGGAAGAUGGUUAAUAAAAAGAGGCUGUGCUGCUGA